AUGCCAUUGAGCCCAGAGAUCCAAUGGUCAAGCUCCUCUGAGCAGCCGGUGGGAUAUCCUCGGCACGAGACUGCCAAUCCCGAGAAGAAGAGCGCGCUGAACGACCUACGAGACGAUGAAUCAUUGCAAUAUCCCCCAGAGAUAUUGACAUUUCCUGAUGGAGGCGCAAGAGCUUGGUUGCAAGUCGUCGCUUGCAACAUAACAAACCAAAUUUCGUGGGGUUACCCCUCUUCAUACGGCGCCUAUCAAGCCUACUAUACGACAACGCUGGGCCUACCCUCAGCCCAAGUCUCGUGGGUAGGCUCGGUUCAAAUAUUUCUGGCCUUCGGGAUCUGCGCUUUUUCGGGACGAUUGGUCGAUGCUGGUUACGGAAGACAUGCUGUCAUCGGGGGCUCCUUCAUGGCCGUGACGGGCACGCUUUUGACCAGCUUCUGCACCAAGUACUGGCAGAUCUUCCUAGCACAAGGGCUGUACACCGGUAUCGGCAUGGGCAUCAUGUUCAUGCCAGGAAUUGCCAUUGUCGGGUCGUACUUCAAGCAGCGAAGAACUCUAGCAUUGUCAAUUGCGAACGUGGGCACUGGGCUUGGAUCGGUCACUUUUCCGACGCUUCUCAACUACACCAUCCCUCACGUCGGAUUCCCGUGGGCGGUCCGAUGCCAAGCGCUCAUGAUGCUUGUCCUCGCCGUCAUCGCCUGCACACUUCUCAAACCUCGCCUCCCACCGAGAAAGUCAGGGCCAAUCCUGGAAUUGGAGGCGUUCAAGGAAAGAACUUAUUCCUUCUUUGCUGCGGGUUCUUUCUUCUUCUUCCUUGCACUUUACUUCAGCUUCUUCUACAUCAACACAUUUGCUCAGGUCGCUAUUGGACUUUCAUAUACGGACUCAGUGGCACUUCUUCUCAUUCUCAAUGCUUCUGGAAUUCCCAGUCGUGCUCUGGCUGGCAUCCUAGCAGGAUACGUGGGCGCGAUCAACACAUUCAUAUUCAGCAACGGUCUCGUGGGUGUGAUGUACUUUGCGUGGAUCGGAGUUCGCAGCAGACCUGGUCUGUAUGCGUUAUCCGUUGUCUUCGGAAUCGCGAAUGGCUUCGCACAAGGAAUCUUCACCCCAGCGCUGGCGAGCUUGACGGAAGACCCUCAGAAAAUGGGAGUUCGCUUCGGCAUGGUUGCGACAAUUGUCGGCGUGGCAUCCUUUGCAGGCCCGCCUAUCGCCGGCGCUAUUGUUGACGGAACUGGAAAGUACAUUUGGGCGCAGGUUUGGGCUGGAGUGGUCACGUUUUUGGCAUGUCUCUUCCUGGCUGCUGCUAGGAUAGCUGCUGUUGGAUCCGCAUGGACGGCGAAGGUGUGA